AUGAAGCCCAAUCCUAUCGAGAAAAAAGCAACUUCAAGUUCCAGCUGGCAGGAAGAUCCAAGAACCGUGACUGACUUAUCUGAAGUCCAACAAAGUUCUGUUCUCGAGUACCGCCGCCACUGGCAUCAAAUCCGCACUCGUUUUAGCCGCCAAAACCGGCUACUGGACUGGUAUAACUAUCGUCUGUCUUCCCCACAACCUCAAGAGGUUAUACAGCACCUUGACGAGAUCUUUACCGACCAGUCAACCGUGUUUAAACUUAAUGUCUCCUUUGGUUUCAUUCUGAGAAACAACGAGACCGGUGCACUACAAUAUUACUAUGCCUCCAGAAAUAACGAGCAAGUCUUUGAGGCGCCCUUUCAAAUCACAACUGCAGCCGAUCUUCCACAUGUCCGUGAAGCAUUGCAGAAUCUCGAUGUCCUAGAAUGGGUACGCCAACGUCGCCCCAACUCCAAAUGGGCCGUAGAACACGUGACCAAUAUCACUUUCUUCGUCACCAAGCUACGAGGCCAUCCGAUAGGGAGAGGUCAAAGUCUGCCUCACUACAUCGUGGAAAAUCGCGGUAUUGAUGCCUUAGAUCGAAACCGACAGACUGGUAAACCAUACAAAGACAAUCUCUGUUUCUUCCGGGCCUUGGCUGUUCACAAUGGUUGUCAUCCGAAAAAUCUGGAGCGGGAUGCCAAGCAUUACUAUGGGAAAUAUCGAGAAUUUUUUCCUGAGAAAAAGAAAUUUUGUGGUGUAAAGCUGAAAGAACUGAUAGACCUAGAACACCUAUAUGAAGUCAAUAUCUUUGUCUAUUCCCUCGAGCCCACCAAACAAGAUGGAGAAGAAAAUGAAGACGAUGAACCCAAUGAUACCAAGCCAGAGAUUGCCGCUGAGCUGAUCCAUCGAUCUCUUUGCCACUAUCUAAGUACCCUCUACCUUAACCUUUACCAGCGCCAUUUCUCCUACAUUAAAGAUUUGAAGAAAUACACCAAGUCUUACUGCUGCUCUCGAUUUGGGAAAUUCUGGAAACAUGUGGGUAUGUUACAUCGUCACGAGAGAACCUGCGAGGCUAAAGUCCAUUACACGUUCCCUGGCGGUGCGUACAAGACGCCACCCACCAUCUUUGAGCUGCUCGAAGAUGAAGGCUUCACCAUUCCACCACAUUUAAAGUACUUUCCAUACAGAGCCACCUUUGACUUCGAAUGCAUGUUUAAUCGUCAGACUGGCCUAAAUAACACCGAAAAACUCACCUGGAACGCCAAGCAUAUCCCCCUCAGCGUGAGUGUCUGCUCUAAUGUCCCAGACUACGACCACCCCAAGUGUUUUGUGUCAACUGGGGACUCCAAACACCUCGUCAAAGAGAUGAUAGACUACCUAGUGGAAAUCAGUCAAAAGAGCUGCGACCUGAUGAAGCAAGAGUUUUCAUUCCUAUUUGAAGCGAUAGACCAAAAGCUAGAAGAAAUAAAACAAAAGUCAGAACAACAGACCGGAGAGAGUGGUACAGACGUUAGCGUCCAAGAAGAUAGCGAUGAUGAAGGAGAAGAUCUUAUGGAGACCGAUGAUGAAGAAGAAGACAUAGAAUCUGAGACAGAAGAAGAUCGUGCCUUCCUGGAUGAUGAAGUGGAAAGUGAGCAAGGUGCCUCGUUUUACCGAGCUUUAGAUCGCGAACGCGAGAACCAGAGUGAUGAUGAAGAGUAUGUGGACGAUAAACCAGAAGCGAACCAUCCUGAAUCUCAGAAGAAAAAAGUCCACCCCUUAAAGAAGCUGAGAGAGAGAUUCGAGGAAUACCUGGAAGAACUCCCGGUUCUUGGUUUCAAUUCUGGAAAAUAUGAUUUGAAUGCUGUGAAAGAAUUUCUCUUCCCUGUCCUGGUCCAGAAUGAGGAAGUACAGUUCACCAUAAAACGUAACAACAAUUUCAUGUGCUUGAAGACCGACCACCCUCGCUUUCUCGAUGUCACCAACUUUCUUGCUCCUGGGUUCAGCUAUGCCAAAUUCCUGAAAGCGUACGAAUGUCCGCAAACCAAAGGUUUCUUCCCAUACGAAUGGAUGGAUUCGCUUGACAAGUUAGACCACCCUUCUCUUCCUCCUCACGACGCAUUCUUCUCUACACUGAAAAACGAAAACAUCACAGAGCAAGAGUACCAGUACUGCCAAGAAGUGUGGUCUGACAACAACAUGCAGACAUUUAAAGAUUUUCUGAUCUGGUAUAACAACCUUGACGUCCAACCCUUCUGCGAUGCCCUUGAAAAGAUGUGCGCCUUUUGGAAAGACAAGAACAUGGACAUGCUGCGACAAGGAAUCUCUAUCCCCGGUGUCACCUUGACUUAUCUGUUUACAACCCUGGAACCUGGCAUUUUCUUUUCUCUCUUUGACGAGAAAAAUAAAGAUUUAUACACCUUGUUCAAAAAAAAUAUGGUAGGAGGCCCCAGCAUCAUCUUCCACCGAUAUCAUGAAAAAGACAAGACCAAGAUCAGAGAGAGAGAGAUAACAGAUCAAGGCAAAGAAGUAAAAAUGUGCCAGAAAGUAGUAGGAUAUGACGCCAACGCGCUCUAUCUCUGGGCCAUCAUGCAAAACAUGCCCACAGGAUCUUUUACGAGACGACGCGAAGAAACCAACUUCAAAAAAGAAAGCUCCACCAAGAUGGCCACCGAGUGGUUGGAAUGGAAAGCUGAGGAAAUGGGAGUUCGCAUACGUCACCAGAUGAACGACACGGAAAAACGCAUAGGUGAAAGAAGGCUCCCAGUGGAUGGUUUUCAUGGUCCUUCACAAACAGUUUUCCAGUUCCACGGCUGUUGGUGGCAUGGGCAUAACUGCUACCUAACUAAAGGAAAGGAAAUGAACGAAAAAAGAAAGAAACCAAUGGCUGAGCUCAGGGAAGAAACUACAGCAAAUUCAAAGUAUAUCAGAGAUCAAGGCUACAAUCUCGUGGAGAUGUGGGAGUGCCAGUGGCGCCGAAUGAAAAAAACUAACUCUGCAGUACAAUAUUUCAUGAACAGAAAGUUUCACCGACCCCUUGACCACCACCAGACCCUGGAUCAAAAUCAGAUCAUAAAAGCUAUCAGAGACGAGUCUCUCUUUGGUGUUGUCCAGUGUGACAUCACAGUACCUGACCAUCUGAAACCCAAGUUCUCCGAAAUGUGUCCAAUCUUCAAAAAUACGCAGAUUUCUAAAGAAGAUAUUGGUGAAUACAUGCAAACCUUUGCCGAGGAGCAACAUAUCAUGCCUCAACCUCGUAGAAGUCUAAUAGGUAGCUAUUUUGGAGAAAAGAUCUUGUUGGCCACACCGCUCAUUAAAUGGUACUUGGAGCACGGGUUAGAAGUCACCAGGAUUUACCAAGUAGUCGAGUACACACCCGUUCCUUGUUUCCAGCCCUUUGGAGAAGCUGUCUCCGACGCCAGGCGUGCUGGGGAUGUGGACCCGAACAAGGCUAUUAUCGCGGAUACAAUGAAAUUAGUAAGUAUGAUUUCAUUUGUACAAGCAUUUUGCCACUUUUUUUCCUUAUGCAAACCUUAUUAAUGUUCUGAUACAUUAUUUAUUAGGUCGGGAAUUCCAGUUACGGGAAGACGAUCACGGACCAAGAACGCCACAGAGAGGUUAAGUUCUGCGAAGAAACAAAGGCCUCACGGCUUAUCAACACACCCUUCUUCAGACAGAUUGACCGGAUCGAAGACAACACUUAUGAAGUCCAGUCUUGCAAGAAAACAGUCAAGUUGAAUCUACCCAUGCAAAUCGGAUUUUUUUGUUUAUCAGUAUGCUAA